AUGGUUGUUACAUGCGCUACUCCAUUAGCGCCUACAUUUGGCAGUUUCUCUCUACCGGCUGGUGUAUCAAGCUUUAUCUAUAGCACACUGGGAACAUUUGCCUGCAAUCCCGGCCAUCGGCUUGUCGGCCAUGCCACCACACAGUGUUUAGCCAAUGGGGAUGUCAGCAGCACACCGCCCAUGUGCCAGAACGUCAAUGAGUGUGCAAAUACCACUUUGCAUACAUGCGAUCAAAAUGCGUUGUGUAGUGAUGUGAUUGGAACGUUCAGCUGCAAGUGUAUGGUUGGGUACACUGGCAAUGGACAAGCUGGAAACUGCCACAACAUUGAUGAAUGUUUGCCGGCUAGCCCAUGCCAUGAGGAUGCUAGCUGCAUUGAUAAUGAUGGCGGAUUCAUGUGUCUGUGCAAGUCAGGUUACCACGGAAAUGGAACUCAAUGUCAAGUUGUGUGCACAAAUCCCUGGGUGAAAAAGAACAAAGCAUGUGAAUGUAAACCGAGACCAGGCGAACCCAUCUGCACAGAAGUGUGCAAUUGCUUGAAUGAUGGUCAGUGUACUGAAGACGGCACCUGCAACUGCCGGAAAGGUUUCCAUGGAGACCAGUGUCAACAUGCUUUCAAGACAAAGUGCCUGGGCACAAAUAAUGCAAUUUUCACCUGGAUGGCUCUUGCCAGCUUGCCGUGUUAUCCACAUCUCGACUAUGGCAGCUGCCAGAAGAAAACGAACUUCGUGCACGCCCGCGAGAUGUGCGUGAGAAGAGGAUACAACGUCGUAGACUAUAAUUCCUUCACUGGGCUUGGCUUGAAGCUGGGUGUUAGCGACUGCAUAAAAUCAUUGGUGAGCGAGAUGAUGGCUAGACGUAACAGCAGUUACAGCACCCCUCUCAAGAUAUGGACAUCGUACAUGUACUUUGGUCAGCAUGUUAUUUACAAGCAAGGCAAGGACGACUCGAGCGACGCACUAUUUGACAGGGGUGGAAUAGGCAAUCAUGAUGUCAUCUGUGAAGCCAAAUGGCUCCAGGCCAACGGUUCUGUACACGCCGCAGCAACUCCAGCACACAGACCCAGCGUGACUGAGCAGUUCGCAGAAGACGCAUGUCAGGAGUACGGACAUCAUCUCAUUACCAAGGAGUGGCUAGAAGAACAUGGCCAUGUGUUAACAGAGCGCUGGCUAGAGAAGUUGGCCUUAUUGCAUAAGCACCAGCAAGCACCUUACCACGUCGCGUCAAUCCGAGUCAAUGGCCAUUCCCUUUACAGAACCGUAAUGUUUAGCGCGCAAAAGCAGACGUUUCAGAACGCCACAAGCAAAACUCAAGCCCAGAUUCUCUGUGUCAAGACGUGUGAGACCGGUGUUCUUGGACCAGACCUUAGUUGUGUAUGCAACCGCACCUCAACCUAUGGUCAAUAUUGUGAAAAGGCAUGCAAGUGCUUGAAUCAGGGUCAGUGUGACAACAAAGGUGAAUGCAGCUGCCCGAAAGGAUUCACCGGAGACAAGUGCCAACUCGUUGUGUGUACACAUCCCUGGGUGGAAAAGAACAAAGUAUGCGAAUGUACGGCCAGACUAGAUGGACCUAACUGCACAGAAGCAUGCAAAUGCUUGAAUGACGGCCAGUGCACCAAAGAUGGCACCUGCAUCUGCCCGAAACGUUUCCAUGGAGAUCAGUGUCAGCACAGUUUCAAGACAAAGUGCCUGGGUACAGAUAAGGCAAUGUACACCUGGAUUGCUCUCGCCGGCUUGCCGUGUCAUCCACACCUCGACGGUGACAGCUGCCAGAAGAAAACGAACUUGACGCAUGCCCGCCAGAUGUGCAAGAGAAGAGGAUACGACGUGGUAGACUACAAUGCCUUCACCAGUCAGAUGCUUGGCGUGCGAGACUGCAUGGAAGCAUUGCUCAACAAGAUGAUGGCAAGCAAUUUCAACAACCCUAUCACAAUAUGGACAUCUUUCUUGAGGGAUGGAAAGCAUGUCAUUUACAAGGAGGGCAAGAACAACUUAAGAGAAGAGUUACAGGAUAGUAGUGGAGCAAGCCAUCUUGAUUUCGAGAUGAUGGCGAGCGGUGACAGCAACCCUAUCUCCCUAUCGUCAGGGCAAGAACAAGUUAAGAACAAGUUGAGAGAAGAGUUACAUGAUAGUAGUGGAGCAAGCCAUCUUGAUGUCAAGAUGAUGGCGAGUGGUGACAGCAACUCUAUCUCAAUAUCGGCAUCGCUCGAGGAGGAUGACCAAAAUAUCAUGUACCAGCAGGGCAAGAACGAGUUAAGAGAAGAGUUACUUGAUAGUAAUGGAGAAAGCCAUCAUGAUGUCAUCUGCGAAGCCAAGUGGCUUCACGCCAACUCCUCAGUAUACACCACAGCAACGCCAGCGCUGAGGCCCAACGUCACUGAGCAAUUCGCAGAGGAGGCAUGUGAGCAGUACGGACUUCACCUCAUAACCGGGGCCUGGCUGCGAGCACAUGGCCAUGUAUUAAGAGAGAGCUUCCUAGAGAGAUUGGCUAUUCGGCAAGCACCUUAUCACGUCAAACCAAUCGUGGUGAAUGGCAACUCCCUUUACAGAACCGUAACGUUUAUCGAGGGAAAACAGAGGUUUGUGAACACCACAAGCAAUCACCGAGCCCAAAUCCUCUGUGUCAUGUGCAAGUGUUUGAACCAGGGUCAGUGUGACGACAAAGGCAAAUGCAUCUGCCCGAAGGGAUUCACCGGAGACAAUUGCCAGAAGGUUGUGUGCACACAUCCCUGGGUGAAAAAGAACAAAGUAUGCGAAUGUAAACCCAGCCUAGAUGCACCUAACUGCACAAUAGCAUGCAAUUGCCUGAAUAAUGGUCAGUGUACUGAAGACGGCACCUGCGUCUGUCCGACCGGAUACCGCGGAGACCAAUGUCAGGACAAUUUCAGGACAAAGUGCCUGGGUACGGACAAGGUGAUGUACACCUGGACAGCUCUCGCCGGCUUGCCGUGUUAUUCAGGCAACUGCCCGAAGAUAACCAGUUGGACGAAAGCCAGAGACGCAUGCAGUGAUAGGGGAUAUCAGCUGGUCGACUUUAAAACCUUCACCUUGCUCGGCUCAAAGCUUGGUGUGCGUGGCUGCGUAAAGUCAUUGCUCCACGAGAUGAUGGUGAACAGUAACAGCAGCCCAAUCACGAUAUGGACAUCAUCCGAGUACAAUCGUCGGCGUAUUAUUUACAAGCAGGACAAGAACAAAUCGAGUGGUGCAAUAUUUAGUGUUCAUGGGUUCGGCCGUCACAAUGUCAUCUGCGAAGCUCAAUGGCUCCAUGCCAACGAUUCUGUAUACGCCGCAGCAACUCCAGCACUCGGACCCAGUGUGACUGAGCAGUGCGCAGAGGACGCAUGUCAGCAGUACGGACUUCGCCUCAUAACCAAAGACUGGUUACAAGAACAUGGCCAUGUGUUAAGAGAACGCUGGCUAGAGAGAUUGGCUUUAGAUAAGUCCGACGGAUUAGGUUACCACGUCGCGCCAAUCCUGGUCAAUGGUCAGUCCCUUUACAGAACAGUAAAAUUUAGCAGACAACAUGUGACGUUUAAGAACGAAACAAGCCAUGAGGAUGCAAAGAUUCUCUGUGUCAAGUCCUGUGGGAGCGGUGUUCUUGCACCAAACAUGAGUUGUAUAUGUAACCGCACUAUGGCCUACGGUGAAGAAUGUGAAAAGGGUGCGUCAUGCAAGUGCUUGAACCAAGUUGUGUGCCAGGAACCCUGGGUGAAAAAGAGCAAAGUGUGUGAAUGUCAACCGGGACUAGAUGGACCCAACUGCACAGAAGGUAAGGGCUAA